AUGUCUUUAUCAGGGCCGGAACCUUUAAGUCCUCCUCCACCUUUCUCAGAUACCGAACACACUAAUAAUUUAGUAGUCGUCUCACAGAAUGUGGAUGAAAUUGAUCAAGCGCCAGCAUAUUCGUUCUAUCCAACAUAUGGUUCAUGCUUCGAACUUAAAACAAUUGGAAAACAAUUAAAUAAAAAGGAAAAAUAUUUAUGUGGAGACAUACUUGAUAAUCGAUACUUUUUAUUAGGGUCAAGUAGUGGUUUAGAAUUCAUUGAUUUGUCUCUUCCAUCCGAACAACAAAUACCAGAAAGACUUAUUGAAGCCGUACGAUUCAAACAAAUAGAAAUUUUGAUAACUCAAAGAUAUAAUGCUUUAAUUGCAUUGGCCGGAAAAAAUAACCAUAUUAGAACUUAUAACUUGAAUAAUUUAAGGUUGUUGAUAAAAAGUAAGCAAAUAUCACGAACACCAAGAAUACCAAGAACCCCGAGAACUCCAAAGUCUCCUAACAGCCACGGACGAGCGAGGUCAGUGGAUUCUAUAUACGAACCCGAUUUCAUUUCCGAUCGACCUUAUUCUUCAACUCCAUCAUUAAGACGUUCUGUCACAUUGGAGACAUUAAAUACCACAUCAAACAAUACAUUUCCAGAUGCUGAUUCAUCAGUUCCUGUAUCGAACGCAAGUUCUACUACAUUAUCUAUUUCUUCUAAUCAAAAUACAAGUCAAGAUACAAAUUCUAUACGUAGAAACGAAGAUUCUACAUCUUCUUUAACUUCUUAUACUUCACAUACAAAUACUUUAUUGACAUCUAAUAGACGCAAUAUUAGUAAUCAGAAUCCAUUAUCAUUGAAAAUAAAUUCGAAUUUAUCUACAGAAGUUCGUAAUGCAAAUUUUUCUGCUCAAUGGACGCUCGAUUACUCAAAAUUACCAAGCACAAAAAUGGCCCUAUCAUUUGUAAUACGUAGUGGACCUACGAGGACAUAUUUAACAGUAAUGUCAAAGCAAAACAUUUUUUUAUUUGAAUUGGAUUUUGGGGAUGUAGAUCGAAAACCAGAAUUCAUACACACAAGAACUUAUUGGUUACCUCAAACACCUAAAUUUAUUCAAUUGUGUAUGCACGAAGAUCAAUUAGUGGAUAUUGUAGCAGUAUUUCAUACUGAAGUAAUAUUAAUCGGUGUUGAUGAUGCAAGAGUUCGUGAGGUUUCCAUUGAUCCACAAUUACAACCUGAGUCUCACAAUAUAAUUCCGUUACCUUCUUUCAUUCAUGAAUCUUCGCAAUGGCAAACAUUCUCUCAACUUCCAUGGAUUCCAUCCUUAGAUCCUGAGUUCGUAUCCGACAAUUUCACAAUUCCACCACCUUAUGAUUCUACAAUUAACGCAGAUCCUUCAACAAUGUUAAAUCCUAUACCAAUAUUUGAGACCGGAAGUAUAGAUUCAUUGCAAUAUACGAGCGAUCUGCACUCAUUGUUUUUCGCAACAUUUGGAACAAAAUCUAUGAUCGUAGAUUCAAAAGGGAGACCAUUUUCUACUGUUGUAUUUCAAUGGACUUUUAUACCAUUACAUGUGGAAUUUUUGAAAUCAACCCAACUUGAUGGUGAAUCUUUCGUUGUUGGAUUUGGUAAAAAUAUGAUAGAAAUAAGAAGUAUAAAUACCGGAAGAAUUGUAGAAAAUGUUGUUAGAGGAGUUGAUGUACAAUAUUUGGGUAGAGGAAUAAAUGGGCAAGGAUUAGGCAAAUCAAUUGAUUAUCAACAAAACUUUAAGUGA